AUACAAGCUGAUCGAUGACGCGCGGAAGCAAGGAUAGCGUCGAGACGAUCACUACUGCGCAUGAAAGCGUAACGUCAGUCCUUCGUCGGACUCCAUCCAUGUGUCGAUCCAGCCGGUCGAAACGGUGGACACCUGCUAACCUCAGCUAACCUCUCUGUCUACCCUCGACCGGACAUCCGGACGAACAAUCUCCGCCUGGGAACGUUCCAUGCUUGCAGCUAGAAUGUCCAAUUUGCGGAAAUUUAUAGAUAUCGGAGCCAAUUUAACGGAUUCCAUGUACCAAGGGGUCUAUCAUGGAUCUCAGAAGCAUCAGCCAGAUUUGGAUAAAGUUCUAGAGCGAAGUUGGAAGAAUAAUCUCUCGAAGAUCAUCAUUACAGCUGGCAAUAUAGAAGAAAGCAAGAAAGCUCUUGAAAUUGCAAGAACCGAUGAUAGACUGUAUUCGACGGUCGGUUGUCAUCCGACCCGUUGCAAUGAAUUCGAGGAGAGUGGCAAUCCAGAAGAAUACCUCGAAUCAUUGUCGGACCUGGCGUUGAAUAACAAGGACAAAGUUGUCGCUAUCGGUGAGAUGGGUUUGGACUAUGAUAGGCUGAAUUUCUGUCCCAAGGAGACUCAAAAGAAGUAUUUUGAGCUACAAUUGUCAUUGUGCUCCACGUUAAAACUACCAAUGUUUCUGCACUGCCGCAACGCUAGUGAUGAUUUUGUGCGAAUUCUGAGGAAGCAUAAAAACCAAUUGACGCCGGGCGUUGUGCACUCCUUCGACGGUAACCCGGAGGAUGCAAAUUCCAUACUACAAUUAGGCUUGUACAUCGGUGUCAAUGGAUGCUCGUUGAAGACAGAGGAAAAUCUUUUCGCAAUCACUACCAUUCCCUCGGACAGGCUCAUGAUAGAGACUGAUUGUCCAUGGUGCGAGAUCAGGCCGACGCAUGCAUCCGCGAACGACGUUAUCACGCACUUUCCAUCUGUGAAGAAAGAAAAGUGGCAAGCGGAUCAGAUGGUUAAAGGACGGAACGAACCUUGCACGAUAGUUCAAAUAUUAGAAGUCCUAGCGCGGAUCAGAGAUGAGGAAGAGGAAUACCUGUGCAAUCAAAUCUACAAGAAUACAAUGAAGCUCUUCUUCCCGUAUGAAUUAUAGUAUGCAAGUACUCGAUGCUACAAAAAUACAAGCG